AAAACUCAUAAAGCCGUCUCUUCCAGAAUUAAUGCGUAUGAAAAGCAAGAUAUAUUAGAUUGUGUUUAAAAUAUUGAGGGACUGUUAAUCAGUGGGGUGUUAAAAAAACAUGUGGUUCGAAUGCCUUUGCCCACCACAUGCGUAAAUCGAAUUGUCAAUGCCAAAUGUCCUUAGAGCAAAAGUCCGAGUGUGCGUUUAAAAGCAAGCAGGUGUAGCCUGUGCCAUGUCUGGUCUAUGGUGCACAUCCUGCCCCUAGCGGUAUUUCUCUGAAAGUCCGUUUCACCUCGACUUUAUCUCUGACCUGUUGCCAUGGCAACUGUAAAGCGUGCGAUUACAAAAACAAGUGCUUGACCCAUCGUCAGCGAGAAGCGGAGGUUCUUCAUUCGACAUCUACGGCGCCAUCUUAUUGCUUUGAGCGAGGUAGACCGAGACAAAUAGACAAGGUUGUCAUCAUCACUGGUAAUUAUGAGCGGAGCUAAAGCUCGCAUCGACCCGCCUGUUGCUGCUGAGAAUGUCUCGAUCACCGGGCACAGUUCCGCGGCUGCUGCGCGGGAGCGCAAGCCAGGUGGAGGGGUUCUGAAGAGACUCAAGUCUCGGCAAAGCCAGGUGGAUAGUAGGCCCGUCACAGAAGAUGAUCUUCGAACACAAGUUGGCCACAUCACCCCUGAAGAGGUCCUACGAUUGCCGGUUGCUACUCGGGGGUACCUGUGUAAACCAGAGGACAACAUCUUCGACAUAGAUUUUAUCCGCUUUAAAAUCAGAGACUUGGAGACAGGGACUGUGUUGUUUGAAAUUGCCAAACCACCUCAUACGGAGGAAGAUGAGGAGAAUGGAGAGGGAGACACGAGUGCCGGGCGUUUUGUAUGCUACCAGUUCACCACUGCAUUCCUACGACUGAGGACUGUGGGAGCCACAGUGGAGUUUACGGUUGGUGACCGCCCUCUGAACAGCUUCAGGAUGAUUGAAAGGCACUACUUCAGGGAUCACCUCCUGAAGAGCUUUGACUUUGACUUCGGCUUCUGUAUCCCCAACAGCCGCAACACCUGCGAACACAUCUACGAGUUCCCUCAGCUGUCUGAGAGCUUGGUUCAUCAGAUGGUGGAGCAUCCCUACGAGACGAAGUCAGACAGCUUCUACUUCGUAGACAACAGACUGGUCAUGCACAACAAGGCAGACUACUCUUAUAACGGGGGCAGGCGUUGAGUGUGUUAUGUGCCUGUGUGUGUGCGUGUGUGUAUGUUUGUGUGUGUGCUGUGCCAAAGCGUUUACUCACACAAACAGACUCUCACCCAAGUGUUGAGUACUGUAAGUUAAACAAACUCUAUUAUCAUGGCAUAGCUGUAUGGGCUAGCAUGGAAAAGUUUAAGAACAGCAGGACAGAUCCACAUUAGGGCCAUAUAGACUACUGGCAGUAGUAUGGCAACAUUCUGCCAUAUAGUGCUUUGUCUUUCUCCCACCAAAAAAAUGUGUCUCAGCUAACCAAGUGAUUUAUGUUAGUGUGUAAAAGGAUAGUUAAUGUACUGUCAUACUCAUGAAGGACCAGACAAUGCCCACAUACAUACAGACAGGCAGACUGACAGGCAGAUAGGCAGACAGACAGGCAGAUAGGCAGACAGACAGGCAGAUAGGCAGACUGACAGGCAGAUCGGCAGACAGACAGGC